GAGAGUCAUUCUGUCUGCUCCACCUGCUGUCUCAACUAAAGACACCACAUUACUGCACACAGCCUUCACUUUGCAAAUCUUUUCAUGUAAAAUGCGUAAGCGAUUUAUACAAGUGUGUGGCUUCUUGAUAUCAACGCUGGGCUGGCUGUUUGUGCUGUGCACCAUGGCCAUGGACUUCUGGAGGAUCACUCAAAUAGGAGGCCAGGGCGGGUCGUUCAUCAUCAAGGUGGCCUGGUACUGGUCCAAUCUGUGGAAAGACUGCUUCACUGACUCCACUGCAGUGACAAACUGUAGAGACUUCCCUGUGCUGUGGAGCGUCACCACGUACGUGCAGGGCGUGCGAGGCUUGCUGAUGUGCGGCCUGACGCUGGGCUUCUUUGCCGCAGUGCUGUGCUUCCUGGGCAUGGAGUGCACUUACAUAGGCGGCGAGCAGCAGAGCAAGGACAAGAUGCUUUUUGCAGGCGCCGUCUUUCACUUUGCAGGCGGUGUGGCAGACAUCGCCGCCUACUGCUUAUACAUCAACAGGAUCGCCAGGACGUCCUUUGCUCCCAGUUUGGCGCCUGGAAUAUUGCGGUACGACUUAGGACCUCCCAUUUUUCUCGGGCUGGUUGGAUGUUUCUGCAUCCUUUUAGGGGCUAUCUUCUACGCCGUCACAGUCUACACGGUCGUCAAACCCAAGAGUCGAGUGGUCUACGCCUACGGAGGACGCACCUACAUGGACCCUCGCUCGAGAGGGAGAAGCCUGUACACAGGAUACUACGGAGCCUACAGCAGACCCUCCAGGCUCUAUGGGACGUACUACGCCUCAGGAAGAUCCAGCGGCUCCAGAAUCUCCAAGCUCUCUGCGACAACACCUGAGAAAAUGUCGGCCAGAGAUGCAUUCGUGUAGUCUUGAACACUUGAACUGCAGAUUUGGAAGGAAACUCUUGUACUUAUCCAAUUUUUUUUUUUUAGAUUUUUAAUAUUGUAUUAUUGUGUGAAUGCUCCAAUGCAUAUAGUUGUUGUUGUUCUUCUUCUCCAGGUGUUGGCGCGCUCUACCUUCUACAUUUUUCACCCGAUUCAAACUGCUCCAACUUCAAACUGUUCAGCCUAUUCGGGAUACGCGGGCUUUCCCUUGAACAAAUUCCAAAAAAUUCCCAGAAUUCCAGGAAUUCUAGGACAUUAUUCACAUUCAAAAUGAAUUGGCCAUUUUUCAAACUUCCACCAUUUCCACAUUUUUAACCUAUUAAAACCAUUCAACACAUUCCACUCAUCCUGGACAUUCAAACUAUAAUUUUUCUAAGUUCCAAAAAAAUUCCAGGAAUUCCCUUUUUUUCAAACCCUUUUUUGACCCUUUUUUCUGGCGACCUCUACUCGCACAUUUUUCAACCCACUUCAACCGUUCCACUGUCCAAUCAUUCCUCUUAAUCAGGACAAAAAAACAAAGUUGUUUUUUGAACUUGAAAAUGUACCGGUUUUCCCGGAAUUCCUGGAAUUCCUUAAUACCAUUUCUCAAUGAACAAUGUCACUACUUUAACAUUUCUCGACCGAUUUCAGAACAUAUAAGUCUAUUAACAUUUUCCCAAAAAAUCCCGCUUUACCCAAAAUUCCCAAAUUUCUAUGAAAUUCCCAUUGAAAUGAAUGGGACAUUUUUCAAAGUUCCACAGUUCCCACAUUUUUGUCCGAUUCAAACCAUUCUAACUUCAAACUGUUCAGCCUAUUCGGGAUACGCGGGCUUUCCCUUGACAAAUUCCAAAAAUUCCCAGAAUUCCAGGAUUUCUAGGACAUUUUUCCCAUUCAAAAUGAAUUGGCCAUUUUUCAAACUUCCACCAUUUCCACAUUUUUAACCUGUUAAAACCAUUCAACACAUUCACUCAUCCUGGACAUUCAAACUAUCAUUUUUCUAAGUUCAAAAAAAUUCCAGGAAUUCCCUUUUUUUCAAACCCUUGUUUGACCCUUUUUUCUGGCGACCACUCCUCGCACAUUUUUCAACCCACUUCAACUGUUCCACUGUCCAAUCAUUCCUCUUAAUCAGGACAAAAAAAAAAAGUUGUUUUUUGAACCGGAAAAUUUCCCGGUUUUCCUGGAAUUCCUUAAUACCAUUUCUCAAUUAAAGCAUUUCUCGACCGAUUUGAAAAAAUCCAACACCAACUCUCAUUCAGAACAUUCAAGUCUUUUAACAUUUUCCAAAAAAAAUCCCGCUUUCCCCAAAAUUCCCAAACUUCCAUGAAAUUCCCAUUGAAAUGAAUGGGACAUGUUUCAAAAUUCCACAAUUCCCACAUUUUUGUCCAAUUCAAACCAAUCCAACUUCAAAAUAUUCAGCCUGUUCAAAAUUGUGUGCUCUCCUUCAACAAUUUUUUUAAAAUUCCCGGAUUUCCAAGAAUUCACAGUUUUCAGGGACAUUUUCCUCAUUCAAAAUGAAUUGUCCAUUUUUUAAACUUCCACAAUUCACACAUUUUUCAACCGAUUCAAACCAUUCCAACAUCAACACAUUCAACUCAUCCAACUAAUACUUUACCAAGUUCCGAGUCAAAUUCCGCUUUUCCUGGAAAUUCAAACUCUUCAACAUUCAAACCAUUCCAACAUUCAAACUAUUCUUACAUUCAUACUGCAUUCUGUCAGCAUUUCAGUCCAACUUCAUCAUUGGAGCAUUCACACGCAAUUCAUUCAGGAAUUGCCUUAUCUAAUUAUGUGACACUAUCCCUUCUCAGGAUCAGACACAGUCAACGACUACAUUAAACGUAACAUUUAAAUGUUUUACCCGCACAAAAUAUUUUUUUCCAAUGAUGAAUUUCCUCUUUUGUUGAUGUUGUUACAAAGUUGUGUUAAACAAUGCCAAAGCAUUAAAUCAUUGUGUUGUGGUUUGUAAUGUUUUUGUAACAGUCGGCUAUUUGUGAUGCCAUAGUGUGGUGGAUGUGCUUAUUUGGGCAUUUCUAGUACAAAACCCGUGAAGUUGGCACGUUGUGUAAAUGGUAAAUAAAAACAAUACAAUGAUUUGCAAAUCCCUAUCAACUUAUAUUCAAUUGACUAGACUGCAAAGACAAGAUAUUUAAUGUUCUUUCCCACAUUCUUGCUUGAUGUACAGCUUAAGUUGUUCAACAGUCCGAGGCUUCAUAUUGUGCCACACAUUUUCAAUGGGAGACAGGUCUGGACAACAGGCAGGCCAGUCUAGUACCCGCACUCUUUUACUAUUAAGCCACACUGUUGUAACACGUGGCUUGGCAUUGUUUUGCUGAGAUAAGCAGGGGCGUCCAUGAUGACGUUGCUUGGAUGGCAACAUAUGUUGCUCCAAAACCUGUAUGUACCUUUCAGCAUUAAUGGCGCCUUCACAGAUGUGUAAGUUACCCAUGCCUUGGGCACUAACACACCCUCCAUAGCGACAAACUUUAGUUACUGACUGUGGUUUUCUGAAGUGUUUCUGAGCCCAUGUGGUGAUAUCCUUUACACACUGAUGUGGCUUUUUGAUGCAGUACCGCCUGAGGUAUCGAAAGUCCGUAAUAUCAUCGCUUACGUGCAGUGAUUUCUCCAGAUUCUCUGAACCUUUUGAUGUUAUUACGGACCGUAGAUGGUGAAAUCCCUAAAUUCCUUCCAAUAACUUGUUUAGAAAUGUUGUUCUUAAACUGUUCGACAAUUUGCUCAUGCAUUUGUUCACUAAGUGGUGACCCUCGCGCCAUCCUUGUUUGUGAAUGACUGAGCAUUUCAUGGAAGCUGCUUUUAUACCCAAUCAUGGCACCCACCUGUUCCCAAUUAGUCUGUUCACCUGUGGGAUGUUCCAAAUAAGUGUUUGAUGAGCAUUCCUCAACUUUCUCAGUCUUUUUUGCCACUAGUGCCAGCUUUUUUGAAACAUGUUGCAGGCAUGAAAUUCCAAAUGAGCUAAUAUUUGCAAAAAAAUAAUUAAGUUUUCCAGUUCGAACUUUAAAUAUCUUGUCUUUGCAGUCUAUUCAAUUGAAUAUAAGUUGAAAAAGAUUUGCAAAUCAUUGUAUUUUGUUUUUAUUUACCAUUUACACAACGGGCCAACUUCACUGGUUUUGGGGUUUGUAUAUAAUGUAUAGUGUGUGCAGUACAUGGAGUGUGUCCUGUGCAGGUAUGUCUAUGUAGAACUGUGCUUUGGUAGGUUGUUGUUUAAUGCCUUGUCAAAAUGAUUCAACAUUGUAAAAAAACAUCUUGGUA